AUGGUGGGAGCUCACGUCGCUACAGAAUUCCUUUUUUCUGAUUUUCUGCUGAAGGAAUCCGCAGAGGGGAAAUACAAAGGGCUGCGUCUGGAACUGGCUGCUGAUAAACUGGUGACUUUCAUCGCAGUGGGUCUUCCUCUGCUGCUCAUCUCCCUCGCCUUCGCUCAGGAGGUGUCUGUGGGUGCCCAGAUUAGCUGUUUCCCACCAACCAACUUCAGCCUGCGCCAGGCCGUGUACGUCGACUCUUUCUGCUGGGUUGCUGCUGAAAGCCAAACUACAGAUGAUGGCUCCCCUAUGUGGUUCCAUAAGUUCUUUCCUUACAUCCUUCUGCUGGCGGCCGUCCUCGUGUACGUUCCUGCUCUGUUCUGGCGCUUCACCGCUGCUCCUCAGCUCUCCUCAGACCUCAGCUUCAUUAUGGAGGAACUGGAUCGCUGUUACAACCGUGCCAUCCGCCUUGCCAAGAGCUUGGCAUCCACCAACCCUGACACCAAGGACAUUAGUGAGGAUUCCCACAGCGCUCUGGAGGUGGCGGAGGGUUGCUUUAAGUACCCUCUGGUGGAACAGUAUCUGAGGACCAAGUGUGGGACGCGGGCACUGGCGUGGAAGUACCUGCUAUGUCGAGUUCUCACUCUGCUCACGUUACUGAUGGCUUGCAGCUACCUGCUCUACUACAUCUGCCUGGUGUCCCGGAGUGACCAGUUCCCCUGCCACAUACACACUGGUACCAACCUGGGUGACAGCGUGUUGCCUGCGGUGCAGUGUAAGCUGGUGGCUGUGGGUGUGUUCCGUCUGCUCAGCUGCAUUAACAUAGCAGUGUAUCUGCUGCUCAUUCCUGUGGUGAUUAGUGCAGCACUCGUACCCACCUGGCAGAGGCAGCAAAGCCAGUUGCUCCGCCCUUACAGGCUCCUGCCUGCUUUCAACCACGCCCAGGGGCUGCACGCCAGCUCUGGUCGCUAUGACGACCUCAGCAUCUACCUGCUGUUCCUGGAGGAGAACCUGAGCGAGCUGAAGAGCUAUAAAUGUCUGCAGGUAUUAGAGUUAUUAACAGAGGGCGAGAGUGAAAACCUUGACACGAUGUGCCUCCUGAGGACUCUUGGACAAGUGAGGACCGAUUUGGUGGACAGAAAAGCAGCAUCCGUCAUCGAUGGCAACAGCCAAUCAACUCCCACUAAGGGAGAAGUCAAGUUGUCCAAGCUCAAGGAUGUUUCGACUGUAUUGAUGCAGGACGGGCAACAGAAAGAAUCCAGCUGUGUAUGUGUGAAGGAUGUGAGACAGAAAGCAGUCUGA